AUGGCUCUCAUGGCGUCGAAAAAGAGCGAAUCUCUUCCUAUUCAGCCGCCUCGGGUGGAUCUAGAAGCCCUAGGAGCAGAGUGCCAUGAACUAGCGACAAAGCUCAAAGAUCAUUUGUCAUCCAAUGGCCACCCGCAGCCGUCCUUCGACUCCAACGGCCCAACGGGAUUUCCCUCCAUGGAUUCCGAGACGGAAGCGGCCAGACAGCAGCUGCGAGAAGCCGCAAAGACGCUCCUGGAGCUGGUGUCAGAGCCGGACGAUGUUUUGACCGAAGAUCUGUAUAACAAGGUCCAUGACCUGAACGCCUUUGCCUACGUGUCCCGUUUCCAAGUUGCAGAGAGCAUACCUCUUCAGGGAGCCGUCUCCUAUGCGGAUCUCGCCUCGAAAACCGGCACCGAGGUUACCCAGCUCAAGAGGGCGCUGCGCCAUCUGAUGGCCUUGCAUGUCUUUGUGGAGCCUGAGCCCGGCCGUGUCGCGCACACGGCAUCUUCCAAGCGGCUCGUCGAAUCGCGGGGCGUGCGUCUCUACAACGAGUUCGUGAGCAGAGACACGUUCAAACUGGCGGCAUUCCAGCUUGACGCCAUCGAGAAGUGGGGUCACGGCGGCACCCAGCCGGACCAGGCGGCUCACAACAUUGUGUUCGGCACUGACAAGCCGCUCUUCGCCUACUUUGCCGAGAACCCCGCGAAGAUGAGCGACUUCAGCGAGCUGAUGGAAUUCAUGUCCAAGUCGCGGUUCCAGACCGCGGACCACCUCAUCAACGGCUUCGAUUGGGCCUCGCUGGGCCCGGCUAAGAUGGUGGAUAUGGGCGGUAAUGUAGGCCACUGCAGCGCGCAGAUCGUGGUCGCCAACCCGGAGAUGACUUCCGUGGUCCAGGACCUGCCGGAGGUGGUUGCGCGGGCCCGCAGCCCGAAAAACAGCGCCGUGCCAGCGGAGCUGCGCGAGAGCGGCCGCGUGACCUUCAUGGAGCACGACCUCUUCGCGCCGCAGCCCGUCGACGCCGACGUCUACUUCAUGCGCAUGAUCCUUCACGACUGGUCCGACGACAAGUGCGUCACCAUUCUCCGGCACGUCGUCGCCGCCCUCGCUCGCCGACCCGGUGCCAGGCUGCUCAUUAUGGACACGGUACUCCCGCAGCCUGGCGAGUGGCCAACCGUUACUGAAAGGCCUAUGCGGUCCAUGGAUCUCCAGAUGGCGUUGAUGACGAAUGCGAAGGAGCGAGACUUUGGAGAGUUUGAGGCCUUAUUCCGACGCGCCGACCCGCGUCUCUCAAUCCGUAACGUGGUGAAGCCGCUGGGAAGCCUCAUGUCUUUGCUCGAGGUGUUUCUGAGCCCAGAAGAGAGUCAUUAA